AUGGCUGAGACUAUUCUCGAUCAAGGAAUUGGUUGGGGAACCGUUUUGGGAUUCGGCACAUUUUUUGCUAUUGUAAUGACACUUGUGACGAUGGCCCAAAAACGAUAUCUCCAAGAAGAACAAACUUCUGAAAUGUUUAUGACAGCUCAACGUUCUGUAAAAACUGGUCUUGUAGCCUCUGCUGUGGUUUCAUCUAUGACUUGGGCUGCCACACUUUUACAAUCAUCUUCUGAAGCAUAUAGAUAUGGCGUAUCUGGACCUUUCUGGUAUGCUUCUGGUGCUACCAUUCAGACACUGCUUUUCACUAUAACUGCGAUCGAACUUAAACGAAAGGCCCCGAAUGCACAUACUUUCCUUGAAAUUAUUAACGUUCGCUAUGGAAUGGUAGCCCACAUUGUCUUUCUAUUCUUCGGUUUGGCCACUAAUGUGAUCGUAACCGCUAUGUUGAUACUCGGUGGUUCAGCAGUCUUAAAUUCGCUUACUGGUGUCCACGUCAUUGCAUCUAACUUCUUACUUCCACUUGGCGUAACGAUUUAUACAUUAUUUGGCGGUCUAAAAGCAACGUUUUUGUCUGAUUACGUGCACACUAGUGUUAUAUAUAUAAUUAUUCUUUCCUUCUUAUUCAAUGUUUACUGCUCAUCUGAUAUUAUCGGUUCCCCAUCAAAAAUGUACGAUAUGUUAGUCCAUGUCUCUGAAGAAAACCCUGUACCUGAUAAUGAGAAAGGCUCAUAUGUAACUUUGGCAUCUUUACAAGGUUUAAUUUUUGGGAUUAUCAAUAUUGUUGGUAGUUUCGGGACCCUAUUUGCGGAUAAUGCUUAUUGGCAGCGUGCUAUCGCCGCUAGACCUUCAUCAACCGUAAAGGCGUAUUUGAUUGGAGGCCUAUCAUGGUUCGCAAUUCCAUUCACCUUGGCUACAACUAUGGGUAUCGCUGGUGUUGCUCUUGUUGGAGCCGGUAAAUUAGAACCUCUUUCAGAAAGUGAUAUUUCUGCAGGUUUAGUACUUCCAUUGGCUGCUACUGCUCUUUUAGGUAAGGCUGGUUCUUUCGCUGUGUUGGUCUUGGUUUUCAUGGCUGUCACGUCUGCGGCUUCAGCAGAACUUGCUGCCGUCUCAUCGAUUUACACUUAUGAUAUCUAUCGUACAUAUUUUCGCCCUGAUGCUCUUGGAAAACAAGUUAUUCGGCAAUCGCACAUUUCUGUUGUUACAUUUGGUAUAAUUAUGGGUGUAUUGGCUACCGCGCUUGGUUUCAUUAAUAUCGAUCUAGGAUAUGCGUAUUUACUUUCGGGAAUUAUUUCUUCCCCUGCUGUCGUUCCUGUUGCAUACGCAAUCGCAUGGUCAAAACAAAGUGGUACUGCUGCGGUUUCUGCUGCUUUAAUAGGUGUUAUUUGCGGUAUUUCAUCAUGGCUUAUUACAGCCAAAUCCCUUUAUGGUGAAAUUACAAUUUAUUCUACCGGCAAGAAUUAUUCUAUGUUAACCGGAAACCUGGUAUCAUUAUUCGUAUCAGGAUUAAUAGCUACAAUUAUGUCAUUGAUUAAACCUGCCAACUUUGAUUUUGAAGAAACAAGAAACAAGUUGAAAGUGUUAGUAGAUGAUGAAAAAUUUUCUAAAACCACCUACGAUGAUCCAAUUGAAAGGGAUCCUGUUAGGUUAAAGGCGGCUUUUAAAUUUGCUGUUACCAGUUCUGUUGUAUUGACAAUCAUCUUGAUAAUAAUUUGGCCUUUACCAAUGUAUUUCUCAAAAUAUGUGUUCACAAAACCAUUUUUUACGUUUUGGGUUGCUCUUUCUACAAUUUGGGCCAUUUGUGGUUCUAUUGCUUGUGUGAUUUUUCCUGUUGUUGAAUCGCGUAAUUCUAUUAUUUGUGUAUUAAAUGGUAUUUUGAAAGAUCUUAAAAAGUUAAUAACUAAGACUUAG